GGUCGCCAUAGCAAUUUUGACGUACAACAAGAAGACAAAAUGGCAACUUCGAUACUAGAGCCAAUUAGAAUGGCAAAAAUGCCUUCGACUGCUUCGAGUUCCAGCGAAACACAUAGCAGAAUUCACGAGAAAGCUUCUCACUUUAAAUCGAGAGAAAUUGCUGACCCGCUGAAAGUUUUAGAGCCUGAACGCAAGAAGUUAACUUCUCUCGAAUCACAGCGGAUAAUGGCUGUUUUGGAAGGCACUAUACGACGAAUUGAAAUAUCGACAAUUCUCCCUUUUGUUGUGGAGAAUUUGAGCCGAUUUUCUAUCGUGCUCGGGGCAGAACUUACACAUUUGUUAAAGGAACACGACAGCCUACAAGGACGCUACCAAAAGGCUGUUUCACAACUGCAUUUGGAAGAAAAGCGUCUCGUAAGUACACAAGAGAAAUUCGCACAACAGAAAAAGCAAAAAGAGGCUGAAUUCUUUCUAGAUGACGACGAUGAUGAUCGACGAAGCUCUAUUGGUGGCGCGGACGAUGAGACAACUGCUUUAGAUAUCACUUUGGCAGAAGGCAAAAUUAAAAAGGAAUUAAAAAUGGUGAAUUUUCUUAGAGAGCAACUCAAACAGUCCCUCAGAACACUCCUUCGUCUGUUCGUUCGAAAUCCCACAGCACUUGAUUCGUUGCGAAAUGAGAGCAAAGAGCGGUCCGAGGAAGCCAAUGAGAUGCUGACGCAGCUGAAUGCUUUGAAGGGAACUUUAUUCGAACGUUUGUUGCGGACGCCUUCAGAGUUGAAAGAGAGAGACAGUUAUCUCAAGUUCAUAACAGAAAGGGAAAGAAAGUUGAGCAAGCAUGCUAAGAAAUUACGGGAAGAGUUGAGUGUCGCUACGGAAGACAAGGAGAAUGAGGCAAGUAUAACAUCAACUCUCUCGACCCCCCUCCCAGUUUUCAGUCCCCCUUGCAAACAUACUCCCUCUCUAAUAAGCCCCCUCUCCAAUAAACCCCACCUUCUAAAUAAGCCUUUUCUCUCUUAAAAUAGAAUAACCCACUCUCAAAUAUUAGCUUCCUGGCUCCCCCUCUGAUGCCCUACUGCUCUUCCCCUCAAACAAGCCCCCUCUGGAUAAGCCCCUUCUGGAAUAAGCUCCCCUCUUAGGUACCAGGAUGUAUCUAGCAUGAUCCGGUAGGGGGGGGGGGUAUUUGCCGGUUCUGGUGCCGGGCCCGAGUUGUGUUGGUGAUGUGUGCCGUCCGCCCAUCACAGUUCACUUAUCAUCAUGUUAUAAUUCCUCAUAUUACUGUACCUCACUUCAUCUCUAUUAUUUUUAACUUUAUCAUGAAAAAUAGCACACACUCCCCCCCACACACACACACUCACCCAGUAAUUCCAUCCCUGCUUAAGAAACCGUUUCUGAAAUAAGCCUCCUCUCAAAUAAGACCUUUCCCCUUUAUAUAGGCCUUUCCCCUUCUGGAAUAAGCUCCCCCUCUUAAAUAAGCCCUUUCUCAAAUAAAACUCCACUAUAAUUACCUUCACCUCUCAAAUAAGCCCUCCCCUCAUCCCCCUCAAAUAAGGCCCCCUCUCAAAUAAGCCUCUUCUGGGUUGAGCUCCCCUCUCUUGAAUAAGGCAUUUCUGAAAUAAGCCUCCUCUAUAGUAAUCCCCACUAAGCCCUCUCGAAUAAGCCCUCCCCCUCAAAUAAGGCCCCUCUCAAAUAUGCCUCAUCUAUAAUAACCCCCACCUUUCAAAUAAGCCCUCACCUGCAUAGAAUAAGAUAAUUCGCUGUCAAAUUAGCCUCCUGUCUCCCUCUCAAGCAAGACCCUUCCCCCUCUCUACCCCUCAAAUAAGCCCUCCAUCCCAAAUAAGUAUCUCUCAAGUAAGGCCCUGAACUUGAAUAAGGCUGCCAUUUAAGUAAGCCCCCACCCCACCCUUCAUUUGUGUGAGGUGUUUGUUUAAUAGAUUGAAUCAUUUUAAAAUCACUAAUUACUUGUCGUUUUGUUUGUUAGUUGGCGAAGCGUAAUGACGUCAUCCGCAAACUGAGGUUCGAUAUCUUCAAUGUUGAGAGAACAUCUAAAGAAAACAAUCAACAAGUCAUUAACGAAGCGUCGAAGGAACAGCUUGCCGAGGACAAGAACUCGGAGGGCAAAAGGUCUAAAUUGCAGCAAGAAAUCAUCGAACAGAAGAAACUUACUGAAACUUCUAUUGCAAAACACCGAGCAAGCGAACUUGGACUUCGUAAGGUGAGGGGACUCGUUUAGUGAUUUGACCGAUUGGUCACCACAAUCGGAAAUUAAUUACUAAUUUAUUAAUUAAUCAUGCAACAAUAUUACUCAAUAGUCCCAAUUGAAAAUUGAGUUUUUAACUACCGUGUACCGGUAGUAGAAAAGUGAGCUUGACAAUAAUAUAUAAAUCCCUGGUAUUUUUGCAUUUACCCAAUGGUAUAAAAUGGUCUCCCUUCAGAACUGAAACAAGCAAAAAUCAUUAGAAUUGUGGAAGAGUAACAAUCUGGGGUUUUUUUCAGAAAAAGUACAAGGUUGAAACUGAAGUGGAAAAUUGGAUUCAAAAAUAUGAUAAUGACAUGGGCGAACGACAGGUAAAAACCUAAUUAUACAUUUGGUAACUUUAUACUGGAUAGCAUGUGCGGAUUUACUGGGGGAGGGGGGGUUCCCCGAGAAUUUCUCUAACCCCUCUAAUAAAGUGCUCAACCCCACCAAAAUUUUGCUUCACCCCUCCUAUUUUGUGUGAAAGGCUUUAAUCCAAAUGCCUUAACCCCCUGCCAAAGCUCACUGAGUGGUGCUGCUUGCACUCCCAUCACUUGCUCUCACUCUCCUCUCUACCCAUCGUUUUAAAUAAAAUUGAAAAUCGGCCCUUGCUGGAUAGCGCUCUAUCUCCAGUAAGUGUCAUGCAUGCUUUAUUGAUCCAGGUUUCUUCAGGAGGAAACCUAGUAAACUAAACUAACUUUAUUUAUACUGGAUAGCUCUAUCAGUUCUAAACUGUUCUCCCUAUAGUGGUCCAGUAAGGAUCAUCUCUUAUUGAUCCAGUGUUACUACAGGAGGAAACCUAAACUAAACUAACUUUAUUUAUACUGGAUAGCUGUAUCAGAUGAGAUCUAAACUGUUCUCCCUAGAGGUCCAGUAAGGAUCAUCUCUUAUUGAUCCAGUGUUAAUUAAUUACUACAGGAGGAAAUCUAAACUAAACUAACUUUAUUUAUACUGGAUAGCUCUAUCAGUUCUAAACUGUUCUUCCUAGAGAUCCAGUAAGGAUCAUCUCUUAUUGAUCCAGUGUUACUACAGGAGGAAACCUAAACUAAACUAACUUUAUUUAUACUGGAUAGCUCUAUCAGUUCUAAACUGUUCUUCCUAGAGGUCCAGUAAGGAUCAUUUCUUAUUGAUCCAUUGUUACUACAGGAGGAAACCUAAACUAAACUAACUUUAUUUAUACUGCCUGGAUAGAUCUAUCAGUUCUAAACUGCUCUUAGAGGUCCAGUAAGGAUCAUUUCUUAUUGAUCCAGUGUUACUACUGUAGGAAACCUAAACUAAACUAACUUUAUUUAUACUGGAUAGCUCUGUCAGUUCUAAAUUGUUCCCUGUAGAAAUCCAGUAAGAACCAUCCCUUGUUGUUCCAAUGUUACUAUAGGAGGAAACUAGAUUAUCACAUUAUAUGUUUGCUUUCCACGGAAACGCGAACUACAGUAACACGACGGCUUUUCUAAGCCAUCGUGUUACCUAAAUUAUAAUUAUAGAAUACACGUCAAUUUUUAGACCUUACACCAAAGUACUACGAAUUAAAUAUUUAAAUCCUAUAAUCGCUGACUUUUUAACAGCAAUCAGCACCAAAAAAAUCUUACUUUGGCUGAAUUAACGUCGUCAAAAAUUUGCCGACCUGGGAGGUUGAUAGGUCGGCAUUUAGGUCGGCAUUUAGGUCGGCAUUGCCGAAUGCCGACCUCGUUUUCGAGGGCUGAUUUUAAAUAUUCUCACUGGGAAUCGAACACCAUUCAAAGGGACGAAAGGCACAUUCAUUAUUGGAACCACUGUGCAACGAAUGCAAUUUAUAUAUUUUCAGGAUGAGUUUGACCAAUUGGACACAGUUUACACAGAGGAAAAGAAACAACUCAACGAGUUGGAAGAACGAUUUCGGACGAUGGAGAAAGAAUAUCGCGAUAUUAUGGAGGAGCGAAGGAUCGCCAGAGAGAAGGCCGAGGAGGCGAACAGAGAGUUACAAGCGAAAAUCAAGGCGGCCACUUUAAUUCAGUCAUUCUGGCGAGCGCUUAAAGCGAGAAAACAACUCAAGAAUAAAAAGAAAAAGGGAAAGAAAGGGAAAAAAGGAGCUAAAAAGAGAUUGAGAUAAACAUAAUGUUCGACUCUGUGAUGGAACUGCUGCGGCAUGGGCACCUAUAUUCCUUCUAGUUUUAACAUCUACAGUGGGGGUCAAAAGUUUGAGUCCAUAGUCAAUAUGCUUUUGCCUUUUAUUGAUAUACGAUAUAUUUUCACACAAUAGAGCAUUAUAUGUGCGUCAAAUAAGGAUUUGCAUCAACGUUGGGAUUGAUUAUACUAUAUUAGUCAAGUGAACAUUAUUUUAAUAUUUUGUGUGACCUCCUUUUGAUUUUAAAAUAGCUUUACUCUUCCUGGUAUAGAUUCAACAAGUGUUCUAAGUACUGCUGGCUUAAGUUUAUUCCAGCAUUGAUUAAGGACAUCCCAUAGUUUUCUUUACUUGUGAGAUCAUGUUUCGCUUUCUCUUGUUUCAGAUGAUCCCGUAAAUUCUCAAUAGGAUUUAGGUCCCGAGAUUGAGGAGGAAAAUCCAUAAAAACCAGAUCACCUUUCUCUUGCUUCCUUCUUCAAUAAUUUUUACACAUGUGAGAAAUAUGUUUCGGAUCAUUAUUUCGCGUUACAAGACAAAUCUCCUUCCACACAACCUUAAGCUAGAUGGUAUGGCUUGUCUCUGAAGGAUGGAGUGAUAUUUUUUUUCGUAAAAAUUAGUUAAUAAGUAAGGGAGCAAGAGAAAGGUGAUCUGGUAGUUAUGGAUUUCUUCCUCAACCUCCAGAUCUAAAAUCCUAAAUCCUAUUGAGAAUUUAUGGGAACAUUUGAAACGAGAGAAAGUGAAACAUAAUCCAACAAGUAAAGAGAACCAACCUAUGGGAUGUCGUCAAUCAAUAAUGCUGGAAUAACCUUAAACCAUCAAUACUAAGAAAACUUGUUGGAUCUAUGGCGUUGAGUUGAAGCUGUUUUAAAAUCAAAAGGAGGUCACACAAAAUAUUAAAGUAAUGUUCACUUGGCUAAUAUAGUACAAUUCCAAUGUUGAUGUAAAUCCUUAUUCGACGCACAUAUAGUGGUGUGUUAUGUAAGAAAUAUUGUAUAUCAAUAAAAGGCAAAAUCAUAUUGACUGGACUCAGACUUUUGACCCCCACUGUAUGUUAAAAAAUUCAAGCGAUUCUGGAAUUCGCCAAGACUGCACGCGAUUGGAAAAACGUGUGCCAAAAGUAAUAAUCGCAUAUAUACUGUAUAGUAGUUAAGUAAUUAUUCGCCAUUACGCGUAUAUGAGCUCCUAGAGCCUGUUCGCAGGCUAAUGAGCUCCCUGCUACGCCCUAUAUUUUUGUUUAGAAACAUUGUUUCAAAACAAACCAGGAAACAUUGUUUCCGAUAGUCAUGUUUCCCAAAGGUGCAUGGGCAAACCAAAAAAAAUUGUUUCCUAGCCAUGUUUCCAGAAGGUGGACAAACCAAGAAACAUUGUUUCCUAGCCAUGUUUCCCAAAGGUGGACAAACUUUCCGAAGGUGGACAAACCAGGAAACAAUGUUUCCUAACCAUGUUUCCCGAAAGUCGACAAACCAUGAAACAUUUUUUCCUAGCCGUGUUUCCCAAAGGUGGACAAACCAAGAAACAUUGUUUAUUGCCUUAGAGUAAGUUGAUUUCGGAGUAUAAAACUAGUCCAUCUACAAAUACGUGAUUGCGCGAAUUUGUCUCUGGCCUGCUUAAACCCAUGUAAAAUAGAUGAUAACUUUGUAAUAUUCCCUACUCUGGUUUAAGUAUAAAUAAAUGUAAUCGUCGAACAAGUCACAUGGCCCUUUAGAUACU